AUGGGCAUGUUUGCUAGUGUAAUUGUCAUACGGAAUGUAAAUGUAACAUCAAGGAAGAAGCAUGGGUCAUCAGAGAGCGAGUCGCAAUCAGGCUCUGAUGUGGCAUCAGAGGAUAGUGAUGAUUCACACAGAAAAUCCAGCAAGAGGAAUCAUCAUAAGCGCUCAAGCUCGAAGAAAAAAGGGGAUAAGAAAACCACUGUUGAGUCUGAAGAUGAGUACACCAAGGAUGGAAUGUCUAAUGGGCAGCAAGAUGGAGAUCAAGGAAACUGGAAUGCGUUCCAGAAUUUCUUGCUCAGAGAUGAAGAGAAGACAAGAGAUCAUAAUGACGCGGAUAUGUUCGCCAGUGAAAGAGAGGCACCACCUAGGAGGAAAGAGACCACAAGAAGUAUUGAUGAUCCUAUUCUUUUAUCAGAGCGAGGUUCUGCCGAUGUCAAUGAGCGGCAUGCGAUGUCUUUCAGUUCAGCCAACGGGAGACUUAGGGCCAGGCAGAUGAUGUCUGGUGAUGAACUUAUGAUGUCUACGGAAGGCCGGAGCUUUGUGGAUGGAGACAUGAAGGAGAUAGAAGCUGGAGGUAGAGGAUACAGAAGAGGGGCAAAUGAUGACUUCAUGGUUUAUGGACAGGACAACUCAAUGGACAGGAGGAGCUCCUUGGACCCCCUUGCCGAGGCGCAUUACAAGAGACCCACUCCUCUAGAGGAAAAGAAGAAUGUGCACAGUAUGGGCGAUGAGUCCUUCAUGAUACCUGUUACCUCCAACUCACAGGAUAAUCUUGGAGCAGCCGGCCGUACUGCCAUUGACAUAGAUGCCGAGCUUGGCUCAAGUGUUCAGAAAACAUCAGAUGCUAAGGCUGGAGCUGAACUUUUCUAUGAGCCAGAUGAGUUGAUUCCAGAGCGUGGAUUUGAAGAUGUUUCAUUUGGAUAUGACCCAUCAAUGGACUAUGACAGCCACAUGCAGAUUCAGCAUGAUGUCAGCAUUGAAGAUGCAAAUGCAGAGGAUUUAUCCGUUUGUGUUGAGGCUGAAGAAAAGAUGCCGGGGAAAGAUAAGAAGCUUAGAGGUUCACAGGAGGGCGUGGAUAAAAGAAGGAAGGAUGCCUCAGCAAGGAGAUUGUCAGCGCACAAAGGACCACUAACUGAUGCACAGAAACGUGCGCAAAACCUACGGGCAUACAAAGCGAGCCUUCAAAAGGAAAAGAAGGAGCUGGAAGCGGAGCAGAUGAAACGUCUGGAAAGGCUUAAGCAAGAGAGGGAAAAGAGGAUUGCUGCCAGAAGCGGCGCAUCGAAUCCCCAGAAAACAGCAGCCAAAGCAAGCACAGUGAGCAAGUCAGCCUCAUCUUUAGCUGAGAUGAAAAAGGAGAGAAGUGGCAGCGGCACAACCGAAUCCUUGAUCGAGCGAUUGAAAAAGCUUGCUCAACCUAAAACCAAUGCUUCAACUUUGAACCCCAAGUCAGCGACCGCGGACCACCCACGGAGAAGAAGCUUGCCGCAAUAA